GGAACAUUUAAACACUAACAUUUGUGACAAGGGGUCAUUUUCAUCUGACAGAAAACAGAGAGGAGAUGAAGCAGCGCUGGGAGGUUGCCUGAGAGAGACGUGGCGUACUGCAGCCUAUAUAAAAGCUGCCAUGAUGUUACCAGGAAAGUCGUGUAUCGGAGGCUGCAGCUGUAUCCUGCUUAUUACAUCAUGUUGGCUGAUCGCUGAGUGCAAAACUCGACACAAAGACUCUGAUCUGACCCUCUUUUUGGUUGGAAAAACGGGUUCAGGGAAGAGUGCAUCUGGAAACACCAUCCUGGGGUUCUCAGCCUUUAAAGAAGAGGCUUCGCCUGAAUCUGUGACCAAAAGCUGUCAGAGACAAGAGCGGCGGGAUGGAGACAGGAUGAUUGCUGUGAUCGACUCCCCAGGGCUCUGUGACACAACCAAAACACAAACAGAAAUGAAAGAAGGCAUAGAUGAGUGUAUUCAGCAUUCAGUUCCUGGACCUCAUGCUUUCCUGUUAGUGAUCAGUCUGAUGUCAAGAUUCACACAAGAGGAGCAGGACACUGUGAAAUGGAUCCGGGACAACUUUGGCUCUGAUGCAUCCUCUUACACCAUUGUCCUGUUCACGCACGCUGACUCGCUGCGAGGGAAACCCCUGGCUCACUACGUAGCAGAAAGCAAGCACCUACAAAGGCUCAUAAACCAGUGUGGAGGAAGAUACCAUUCGUUCAACAAUGACCCGAUGGCUAACAGAAUCCAGGUCAGAGAACUUCUGAAUAAAGUAGACACCAUGGUGGCAGCAAAUGGAGGAGGUCAUUACACCAAUGACAUGUACCGGCGAGCUCAGAUGAAAUGCGAGGAGGAAGAGAGGGAACAGAGGAGGAGACAAGAACAGGAGGAAAAGGAGGAAAAGAAGUGGAGGCAAUUUGAGGAGGAGAUGAAAAAGGAAGGAAAAAAGGAAGAUAAAAGAAAGAAAGCGGAGAGACAGAGAAAACUACUUUAUUGGUGUAAAGUGUUAAGCCGUGUUUCCAAAGGUUUGUAUUCAUUUGGAGUAUAUUUCACCGUACCUGCUGUUGUGAAAUUAGGUUCUACACUUGGCUUUUUCACAGACGAAUGUGAUUUGAUAGAAUAUAUUUUUAGUGAGGAUUUUGACCUGUGAUUAAAAAAAAGGGAAAGUGAUUGUCUCCAAGUUGAUGAUACCUAAAAUCAAUGAGUGAAUGAAGACAAAUUGGAGGAAAGAUACUCAUUUUUAGAAGCAAAAAUAAGGUGUGAUUUAACUGAAGAGAAAAAAAAGUGUAAUCACUCUCAACGCAAUCACUGCACUACCAAUUCUAUUAUUCCUGUUGUUUGGUUUUCCUCGUUUCUUUCCUGUGAUCUCUGUUUUUGUGAAUGUAAAAGGUGUAUACCAGAAAGUGUCUCACUGUGUCCCAAAGAAGACACUGCGCCUGUAUUUCCUGAAAGGGCCCGUUUUGUGGCCCAGCUUGUUUUGUCUAUUACACAAUGGGACCUUUGAACCUGCAUUGUUCAGGUUUAAUAUGUAUAAAACAAGAUGUGAGUAGCUGGCUCACACUUCCACCAGGUACCUGGCAUGUUGAUUUCUUUCUCUCUCUCUUCUCAAACAAUGUAAUCCUGUCUUUGUGGGAGGGAAGUGCUAAUAAUUGAUUUGUGAUCCUAAAGUUACUACACAUUUUGAACCUUUACUUUUAUCAUUGAAACAAUUUGGUUUAUUUCAACCUGAAAUAUUCUGUAUUCUGGCCAAACUACUCCAGUUUACUCCUACUGGAAGGACUGAACACUGGAUUGCUCAUUUGGUACUCAUCGGUGUGUCUUGAAGCUAUAAGACCCUGCAUAUGUUGAACCUAAUGUAGUCCAGGUUAAAAAAAAACAUAGAUGGUGUAUGACAUAUCCACUGAUAGUCUACGUCUGCUGGCUUUUCUUAAAUAAGUAGACUGUCUUUGAUCAGCCCCAAUAAGAGCUGGAGAGCUGCUGGCAGCAGAGUAUGAACUGUGAAUGCAAUAAGCUCAAAUGUUUGGGAUCAUGCCCAUGUAGAAUAAACUUUUCCAAGUGGAGAUUUCUUGUCAGUGUACAAGAUCAAACUCCUAUCAUGUAUGUACAGCUUUGAUGUUACAGGUGGUUCAUUGUUAUAGGUGAAGGAGGGUUUUUACUCUGUCGUUUUAAUACCUCAGCUUCAGCAAAGUCUUUGGCGACUUUGUCCUCAGUUAAAAAAUUCAGACAUACACUUUCAUCGUAUCUGCUGAUUGCCUGUAUAAUACUUACUCUUUGUACACAAACUAACACUAUAUUUAUGAAUAUAUAGAUAUGAAAAAAUAAAUGUUUACAUUUGCUGGGGUUCUGGAGUUUAUCUCAGUGGCAGAAAGAGAAUAUGCUAACCUGUUCAGCUUUUGUACAAUGGGUGCUGCUGUCUGUGCAGUUUAAUGCCAGCGUCUGAGUAAUACACAAAUAAAACAUUUUUGCAGGGAGUUUUUAUGGGGUUAAUCUGUGAAUUAAAAAAAUCAA